GGUUGUAUAUGAUGAAGAGGAAGAUGAUGUUCCAGUUCAAUACACAUCCAAUUGUCGAGGUGUAUUCGCUCAGUGUAUGGUUGCCGGUGCUGUACUAUUUUUAACCGCAGGUGUAGGCAUGCCUAUAGGAUACAGUGGAGUUUUAUUACCACAACUUUACGAAAUUAAUAGUACGCUUCAUAUAGAAGAAGAUAUAGGCUCAUGGAUAGCAUCAAUUCAUAGUCUAGCAAGUCCAUUCGGUUCUCUGAUAUCCGGUCCACUUUUAGACGCAAUAGGUAGACGUAGCUGUUUACAAUUGUCAGCUAUUCCUUUGUGUAUUGGCUGGCUGCUUAUAGGAUUUGCAACAAAUUUAUGGCUGAUGUUAUUGGGUAGAUUUUUCGCUGGUUUUGGAGUUGGAAUAUGUGGAGUUGCAGCUCAGGUAUUAGUAGGAGAAACAGCAGACCCAGGAAUACGUGGAUUUCUCGUUUCGAUUUCCAUAGCUGCUUAUUGUGCCGGCAUUUUAUUGGUUUACAUAUUGGGAUCAGCAUUUACCUGGGAAAUAGUUGCAUUUAGUUGUAUAAUUUUACCUGCUAUGAGUUUAUUAACAUUAAGUUUAAUAUCAGAGAGUCCAGUUUGGUUGAUUCGGCGCGGUAAAAUAAAUGCGGCUAAAAAAGCUCUUACGUGGUUGCGUGGAGGUGAUAUGAAACAAAUCACGGCAGAAAUGUCUGUUCUGAUAACACGAACAAAGCAAGAAGACAUGCGUAUAUUACCGUCGUCAAUGUCUUUUUGGGAACGAUUAUCAGAAACAAAAUCUAAAAUAAUUCAUCCAGGUGUUAUUAAACCGCUGAUCAUUAUAAAUGUAUUUCUAUUCUUACAAGCGUUAUCUGGCACGUAUAUUAUUGUUUACUAUGGAGUUGACCUUAUUCAAGACAUUGGGAAAGGAAGUGUUGAUAAAUACAUGGCUGCUGUUGUAACCGCAACAAUAAGAUUUAUCUUUUGUCUGCUGUCUUGUGUCUUAUUGUUAAAAAUAGGCAGUAGAACAAUUGCCAUCGUAUCAGGAACAGGAACUGCAUUAUCAUCAUUAGUCCUUGCUACAUUCGUUUUGAUGAGAAUAGAGGAAUCUUAUUUUGACAAAUAUAUAAUAGGAGUUUGUCUCUUUAUGUACGUCAGUUUAAAUACAAUUGGAUUGUUUACUCUGAUUGGAACAAUAAUUAGUGAAUUGCUGCCUCAUCGAGCUCGUGGCAUUGGUGGUGGCUUUUCAAUGUUUAUCUUCAAUUUUUCACUCUUCAUUACAGCUAAAAUUUUUCCAUUGCUCAAAAAUUUAGUGGGUAUGGGAGGUGUUUUUAUAAUAUUUGGAAUAUCAGCCUCUGUACUCACAAUAUUUAUGUGGCUCACAUUUCCCGAUACAAGAAAUCGUUCAUUACAAGAAAUAGAAGAUUACUUUAAUGGUGAAAACAUUCUUUGGAUAAAGAAAAAAAAAUGUCAGAAUGAAAGACUAAAAAAUUCUGAAGCAUAAAAUUAUUUAAAGC